AUGGGAGAUGCAUCGAUGGUGGUCGAGGAGGAGGACGUAAAAGUGGAGGAAUUUCGCAGAGUUACUUCAAACCCUUGUUUGGUUUCAAUAUUUCCUAGUGAAAUGGAAUUCGGUCUGACAAAUAAUCGUUCCCUCGUAAAUUUUACAACGAGUGCAUUGGAUUUUAUCUCACUGAACGUUAACGAAUGGCGAAAAAAUCCAUUCAUAAAUUUUGGUGUUAGUAAUAAUUUGCGAUAUCGUAUGAUAAAAUGCAAUCAGCGCCUUGUGAAAACAAUUCUUCAUUCUCAUGGAUUCGAAGAGUGUUCGGAACGAAAUUCGAGUGCGAGACUAAUUUGGACUGGUGUUCAUCCUAAACUCCAAAUUUUUCGAACUUUAAAAUCAUGGCAGCGAAUUAAUCAUUUUCCAAGAAGCACUGAAUUGACUAGCAAAGAUAAGUUGUACGAAAAUAUUGCUCGAGCAAGAAUCUUAUUUGGCGACGCAUUUGAUUUCGUGGGUUUUAAAUUUUGUGAAGUAUUGGUGCCUAGCUUUUUUGUCACGCCUGUAGAUUAUUGUAAAGCUAAAGAUUGUUUUGAUGGUUGUGCAUAUAUUGUAAAACCUGUUUCUUCAUCUCGAGGCAACGGCAUAAUUAUUGUUAACAAAUCAGAGGAUAUUCCGCUAGAUCGAAAAUUGUUAAUCUCGAAAUAUAUCAGUAAUCCACUUUUAUUGAAUGGUCACAAAUUUGAUCUGAGGAUAUAUGUUUUGGUGACAUCAUUUUAUCCUUUAAAUGCAUAUGUGUAUGGUGAGGGCUUGGCUCGUUUUGCUUCAGAAGAAUAUUCGACUGAUUCUAAUUCCUUUAAUUGUCGGAUGUCUCAUUUAACUAAUUAUUCAAUCAAUAAACAUAAUAAAAAAUAUGUAAAAAACGUGCAAGCAGAGAUAGAUGAUGCUGGCCAUAAGUGGUCUCUUGGAGCGCUAUUGCGUAAGCUUGAUGAAGAUGGGAUUGAUAUUUGCCUAUUGAUGGCUCGUAUCGAGGAUCUUAUAACCAAGACGUUGCUUUCUGUUCAAUAUCGUAUGGCUAUGGAAAGUCGAUCGUAUAUAUCUCAUCCUCGACUUUGCUUUGAAUUAUUCGGUUUCGAUAUACUUAUUGAUGAAGAUUUUAAACCUUGGCUGUUAGAAGUUAAUCUCUCUCCAAGUUUGAAUUGGUAUGUCUUCAGUUUGGUGUUAACUGUAGUUCCAUUUGUUAUAAUGGACAUGCUUUUAGCGUGA